AAUGUAAUUCUGGUCAGCUGCUGGAAAGGUGUUUCAAGUCCAUGUAAUCCUUAUCAAAGUACAUUUUUCUAAAAUUUCUCAUUAUUCAUUUAAAAAUUGCAUCCUACGGUCUAUUGUCUGCAGUACUGUUAUAAUUGUACCGAUAUUACAAAAAACAUUAUUGUUUUAUGUUAUUUUAAAAUUUUUUGUUAUUUCUAUAACUCACGUUCAUUCUUUAAUUCAGUAUUUAAAUUAAAUAGGACUAAACUAUUAACGAUGGAAAAUAUCCAGCCUCAAUCAAAACUGGAAAAUUCAGUUUCUGAUGAGUUGCCGAAAUCGGUUAUUUCCGAUAGCAUCGUCAACGAACAAGAGAGUACUCCAGUACUGUCAAAUGACUCCAACAUAAAUUUGAACGACUUUGAAAUCACAAACGAAGAGCCUGAGAUAGUAGCCAAAGAUAAUGAAGAGGAAGAAGAGACAUUUCAGGACAUAUUAGGAUCUGGUGAUCUUACUAAAAAGAUAAUUCGACAUGGGAACAAAGAUGAUCGUCCAACUAGGGGUGAACAAAUUGUAAUUAAUAUGGUUGGAAAAUUAGAGGAUAAAGAUGACGUUAUUGAAAAAUUUGAAAAUAAAGAAAUAACCUUGGGUGACUGUGAAGUAAUUCAAGGAGUUGAUUUAGCUUUAAGCCUGAUGAAUGUUGGUGAAAUAGCAGUGUUAAAUAUUGCACCCCGAUUUGGAUAUGGAGAAAAAGGAUUGGAACCUGAUGUGCCUGGUGGUGCAAAGUUAACUUAUACUGUAGAGCUAAUUAGUGCACGGCCAGAACUUCAGCCAGAAGAACUCACACCAGCUGAUAGACUUAAAAUUGGGCAACAAAAGAAAGAUAAAGGAAAUUGGUGGUAUUCACGUAAUGAAAACACUAUGGCCCUACACUUAUAUCGUAAAGCCAUUCAAUACUUUGGUGGAUCAGGAGAAGUGAACGAUGAUGCUUUGGAACAAUUAAUUCAAAAUGAGCGUGUAAAAACUUUGAAUAAUAUGGCUGUGGUUCACAUGGCUAUGAAUAGUAUGGACUUGGCACUGCAGUCGGUGGAUAGUGUACUUGCAAUUGAUGCUAUUAAUGUAAAAGCAAUAAUGAGAAAAGGCAAAAUAUUAUCUGACAAAGGACAGAAUAGUGCUGCUGCCUAUGAAUUUAAGAAAGCAUUACAUAUUAGUCCAAAUAAUAAAACUAUUCAAAAUUUAUUAGCUAAUGUAGAAAAUGUGUUAGUCAAAGAAAGAGCACAAGAAAGAGAGCUGUAUAAAAAGAUGUUGGGACAAAAAAAAAGUGAUGACAAGGAGAACAAAACUAAUAGUAGUAAUAGUACAUCGAAUACAACAUUUAUAAUCAGCGGGAUUGUUGUUGCUGGAGUAGCAUUGCUCGGUGGAUUCUGUAUUUUACACAGUAACUACCCAUUCGGUAAACUCAACAUAUUUUAAGUAAUUAUGGUUCAGUUUGUAAAUCUCUUUUAUCUAAACAUUCUCUUACCUAGUUCAUUGAGAUUCUCUUGACCAUUUUUAUAUACAAAGGGUUAACUUAUAAUAAUAGUUGAAAAUAAUUGGAUGACUGAAAAAUCAAUUUAAAAAAUGGGGUUUAAUAUAUAUUUUAAUAUUUAUUCAAUUCCACUAGCUACCUUAUUGUUAUUU